CAACAUUGCGUCACUUCCGGGCCGGACACAGGUGAUUAGUUAACGUUUGCAAACUGAAACUGUAGAAAGCUGCUACGUCUUUUUAGACGUAAUGGCUUUAACCAUUUACAGGCAGUCACAUUAAGAGAAGAAACUAAAGAGGGAGAAGCCAUGGCCUGUGCCCAAGUGCCACUGGAUGAGCAGCAGGUGACUGAGCUGGGCCCGCUGGGAAAAGAGCACACACUGCCUGCAUUGCACCCGGCAAGGAAGGAGGAGCGUUUCUUUGUGCCUUACAAAUCCCCGCCGGAAGACGGCUCUCCCGCUGAGGUGGAGGAAUUUUUGGAACAUGCCAAAUUCAUCACAGAAGACCUGGAGUGGCUGCUCGCACUGCCCCAUGACAAGUUCUGGUGUCAGGUGGUGUUUGAUGAGACUCUGCAAAGGUGCCUGGAUUCAUACCUGCAUCACGCUCCUCGCGGCCUCGACCUCGCCACCAUGCCCUCCUCCACGGCGGUGGCAGACAUGCAGCGCUGCGUCCACAGAGCGGUGUUCCUGACCUUCCUUAGGAUGGCCACGCAUAAAGAGUCCAAGGAGAGCUUCCUCACUCCGUCAGUGUUUGGAGAGAUUAUCUAUGAGAACUUCCUUUUUGACAUUCCCAAAUUUCUGGAUCUGUGUGUGCUCUUUGGAAAGGGCAACAGCCAGCUGCUGCACAAGAUGAUAGAGAACAUCUUUACCAACCAGCCGUCUUACUACAUCGACCUGGAUGAGACGGUGCCCACUGUGUUACAGGUCUUCGACACCAUCCUAGAUAAGUGUGGUCUCCACUGUGAGGGGGCCACAGCCAUGGAGCCAAUGAAGCUGAAUGCACACAAACCCACUGCCAUGACCAUGAGCCAGCAGGAUCUCGUAGAUCUUAUUCUGUACCUGUGUGACUCCACCACCACCAUCCAUGCCUUCCUGGACAUCUUCCCGGCCGCCUGCUCCAGCUUCCACUCCCACGGCUUCCUCAGCAGACUGAUCUCGUUUUAUGAGAGCGCUAUGCCUGACCUGGAGAAGGCGGUGAGGAAGAGAAACUUUGAUGCUACAGGUCUUCAGGAGGACUUGUGGAAAAGGUUGUCUCACUCCUGUCGUAAGAUAGUGGAGAUGGCUCAGCUACUGCUGCAUCACACCUGCCUGCAGCCCAUCUUGGAGGGAGGCGAAAACAUGCAAUCAUGUGCAGAGGAGCUGCUACAACACUUCACAUCUUUUUUACCUGAGAAAAGGUUCUUGUCAGACUUUGAUGAGCAGUUCCCCAUCGCAGACUACAUCAGCCUCCUCCAACAAGCCCUCCCUGUCAUUGAUGAGACCCGGACGUCCUACCUGCUCCAGGGGGUGGAGAGCGCCUGGGACUCUGUGGGUCGACGGAUGCCACACGGCAACAUUCAGUAUCAGGGGGCAGCGGGCGGUGCUGCUGCCUCCUCUGCAGCCGGAUCCGCUUUCCUGGAGUCCCGAGACCCAGGGAGUGGGGGGGCCGAGGCCAUGGUGGACGCUCCCCGAAAAGGAAACAAUGGUGCGGUGUGUGCGGUGAGCGAGGCAGAGCUGGAGUCUCUGCUGACGUGCAUCAGGGACCUGCUGCCGGAUCUGGGCGAAGGCUUCCUUCUGGCCUGCCUGAAGGAGUACCAUUACAACACUGAGCUGGUCAUUAACAACAUCCUGGAGGACCGCCUGGCCCCCAGCCUGGACACACUGGACCGAGCCAUGCCAAGGCCAGUGGUGGAGCCGAUCCCAGAUGUGCUGAACGUCAGAUCCAACGUGUUCGACGAUGACGAGUUUGACGUUUUCCGCAGAGACCAGGUGGACAUGUCCCGCAUCUGGAAAGGCAGGAGGAAAGGAGAGAGUGCCAAAGAAUUGCUGAACGACAAGCAGCACAUAGCGGAGCAGAAGGCUCGCUACCUGUCCUACGAGACUGUGGUGGACGAGGUCGUCAUCGAGCCCGGAGAGAGCUCCGAAGCGUACGGCCUGGACGACUACGACGACGAGUACGACGACACCUACGACAUGGGCCAAGUGGGAGCCAACGACCUGGACGGAGACAGUUUACUGAGCAGAAGGCCUUUCACGGUCCCACAAAUCCUGAGAAAAGGAAACAAACCAGAAUUUGAGGAGGAGGCUGAAGAGGAGGAGGAGGAAGAAUCACUACAGAACAACGUAAACAGGGACCAGUUCGUGCAGGACCCGGCUCUGCUGAGGGAGCGGGCUGAGGCCAGAAGAGCUGCCAUGCAUCAGAGGAGAGGGUUCCGGCCGGAGCCGCGUCCCAACAAUGUGGUGGGCCAACCCAAAGGCAGAGGACAAAACCAGGAGACCGUUGUGGACCGACGCAAGAAGGAGGCUAACAAGGGCCGCGGGGCCAACCACAACCGCCGAAACAUGGCCGACCGCAAGAGGAACAAAGGCAUGAUCCCCUCGUGAGCUGCAAGACGGCCGGCUGGGUGAAAGACCAACAGAGGAAAACGGGUGGCGGGAAGGUGGCCGAGGUGUGAGUCAGUGACGGGAAGGAGAGACUGGGGGCGGGGGGUGUUGUUCUGUGUUAAAUUUGGAGCCCUUUGUUGUCCACUAGAUCACACCUCAGGCCCAAAGACGCUGUCUUUGCUCAAAGGAAAAGCCGCCAAAGGUUUUGAGUUGUGACUGGAAAGUUGUAUUAGUUUACGGACUUUCUUUGGCGUUGUGACAAGCAGCUCGACAGGUUUGAUGCUCUGCUUUUAGUGUUGGAGUCCAGAGGACAUUCAGCUCUUCUGCCCAACUGAUUUUCAUUGUAUAGCUCACUAAAGCCAAAGUCCUGAGUGUGAGCCAGAGACUGAGGACAAAGAAUAAGACGUUUAUUUUUGCCAAGUAACAAAUCAUUUAUUAUUAAGAUCCAGAGUGAGCGAUUGAAGGUCCUCAUCCUCAUAGAAUAAAGAGAACAUAGGAAUAAAAGGAGGAGCAUCCAGGGUUAGGGAGGGUCUCUCUUCUGUAGCUGGAGGAACAAUCACUGACCUGUGGAAGUCUGGACAUCAGUGCUGCUCUGAAUACUCAUCCUGGGUCAGCAGCAUGUCAAAGCUGGCUGCGUGUAAUGUUCAGGUGCAUGCACGGGAUAAACAUCUGCACAAAACUGUUGUCCAGCCUCAAAAUAAUAUAGCGUAAAAACAUCAUCAUGAUGUUGUGGAAGUAGGUGCCGUACAGAGGUGCCACGAGACAGAGACUAUUUUCUAUAAAGAGAACAGAUCUAUCAGAGCAUUUUGAAACAAAAAUCUCAUGUAAAUGCUUUUUGAAGUUGACAUUGCAAAAAAACUAAAACAAACGUAAAAUAAAUACAAUAAAACCCUGUUUCGACAUC